AUGAAGGCCUUCAUUAUCACUAAUCACAAGAACCUUGUCGAAGACAAGAAACGGCUUCGAGACAAAGAGGCACAGCUUCGAGCUGACAAGAGACAGUUUCGAGGGGGAAAGCAGGAAGAGAAGCAGACAUCAUUUCCCUGGACAGAGUCAGAAGCUCGGUUUGACAGUAUGGGAUUUUGCAUGGAGGAGAAAUACUUCCGUCUAGAUUGCUCCUACUUUAUGGGCACAAGUGAAGACAACAGAGAGCAGCUUCUUCUCUACUGCCGAGCAGCCUUCCUGGAGCAGUUCCGUUUCCUGCGAAAGCAAGUGCUAGAGCAAGGUGCUCUUGGAUGGAUACAAGGCUCUCCAGGGACAGGGAAGACAACAACAACGCUUUCCUUUUGUAUGACGCUGGAUAUGAACGAGUGGAGCUUCAAAUACAUCAGACUGAAGGCCAAAGACAACACAUUUGUUGUGGCGGUUGAAGGCAAUAAGAGAAAAACAUGCUCUGUCGCCAAGGCUGAGAGGAAACAGUUGACACAGUUGCUUGAAGAGUUGUCAGGCGGCAAGAAGAGCCUCCUGGUACUCGACGGCUAUUUGACACACCAAGAAUAUCAUAUCAAAGCUUUGGAUGCUUGUAUAAUAUGGCGGAAUGCUGACAGGCAAAAUCGACGUCUUGUGGUUGUGACGUCAAUGGCUUCUCGAGGAAAGACCUACGAAGAAGAGGAGAAACACAUGCAGCUGGAGCAGCACAUAGUUCCAUCAUGGAGGAUCGAUGAAUAUCUAGAUGCAGUGCAGCUCGACGAGUUUUACGACAAAGUGAAAGCCAAUCUGGAGAUGGAUGUGGACGCAGACAUUUUGGGUGUCAAAGUAACAAAUGGGCCGAAAUCGAAAGAACAGCGGGUGAAUCAUAAGCAUUACCUCGCAGGUGCGUCAUGUCGGUACAUGUUCGACAUAACUUCGGAGAAGGUCCUUGAGUACUUGGAUCUUGCGUUUCAAAGAGCUCCAAACUUACAAGAUCUUUUUCGGGGCAAUGUAGGCGCUUCGGCAGCAGAUAUGACAAAUCGGUUGAUUGCUACUUUCGUAGUUCAGAAGAGGGUGGUCUGGUAUCCUGUGAGUAAGUACGUAGCCAGCAAUCUUACGGCGUCCGUUGGAGCAGUUGACAUGCUGAGAAAGAUGUUUACUACCUUCAAAGGCCCGCGAGCCAUGCAUGGACAUCUUUUGGAGAUGCUCUUUUUCGAGGAAGUCAGACGAGACCUGAGCAUCACUUAUGAAAAAUCAAAUCAGCCUGAAGUCUUGAAAGCAUGUAAUUUCGUUGUAAACUUCGAUCCGUCACAACAGACUGACUUGCUACCUCACGAAAGGGUGUGUUACAAGCCAAUCAGUGAAUUUCAAGGUGGCUACGACGCAUUGAUUGUAGAUCAAAUCAAGAAGGUCGUACAGUUUUUCCAGAUGACGGUGGCAAUGGAUCACUCUUUCAAGCUCUCGUACUUCUUGAGUGCUCUUGAGGCUCUCAGGAUUCCGCCAGGUAGGACAUGGACCAUACGGAUCGUUGUUGUCGUCCCGCCAGAGAAUAGGUGGUCGUUUCGAAUAGCCCCUGUCAAGGAUGACGGGGCGCUGGAGCAGUACAUGUGGACGAAAUGGCUGGAACGGUCGAUGGCCGAGGUGGCCAGUAUUGAUUUCGAUCGAGGGUACAUUGGAUAG